AACAAAAUGGUUUCCAAAGAAAAAAAUUCCGUUUUCAAUGUUUUACGUGUUGUUUCUAUAUUUGAAAGAAAGGAUCCCUUCCCUCCUUUUUAUGGGCCUCCAACCCUGGACCAAUUUCUUUUUUCUUUUUCCAUCAACCGGAAACACUUUAAAAAUAAAAAAAUUAGGAAACUAGAAGGAACUUACGUCUUUUGAUGAACCAUUUAGAAUGAAAAUCAGUACUUUCGUUUAAAUUUUGACCAGCAUAUUGGAGCCUUCAUUUACAUGAAAUUUUACACUUGGAUGACAGUAGAAUUCUGAAACCGGAAUUAAAUAGAAAGAAAAGUCAGUCUAACGUCUGGGAAAGCCUUAUUUAGAAAUGAAUUCUGUGGAUCAAAUUAUAGAAGAUGAAUUUCAUCAUCCUUAUAAGCCUUAUACAAUUCAAUUAGAAUUUAUGCGUGCUUUAUACAAUACUAUUGAAAACAAGAAAAUUGGCAUCUAUGAAUCUCCAACUGGUACUGGAAAAAGUCUUAGCUUGCUAUGUGGAUCGUUGACAUGGUUAGAGAAAAAGGGAAAUUUACAUAUCGAAAUCGAUGAACGUGAAGAAGAAACAAACAAGUCGAAUUCUUCAAAGCAUGCCAUUCCUGAUUGGGUCAUUAUGCAGGAUCAAGAAUUACAGGUUAACCAAGCUAAGAGCACUCAUGGAUACUUGGAAAAACGACUUAACAAAAUCCGGGAGAAGAAUCGAAAAGAAAAGCUGUUACAAACAACUAGCUUCCAACAUCAAAAGGACUUUCGUAAGAGAGCAGCACCAGCUGUUAUUCUGGAUCCCUCAACAACCCCUACAGCAAAGUCAAGCAAGACUGCUCAAACUAUAGAUGACUCUCUAGAAGAGUUUUUGGUUUCCAAUGAUGUUUCUCUUCACGAAGAAAAUGCAGAGUCAACUCUUACCUUCCAAAAUGGCUACAGCUCCAAGGUAAUGGAUUUACUUCACCGUUUAGUGCCAGAAGAUGAAAAACUACCGAUUGUUCAAAAGAUUUACUUUUCUUCAAGAACUCAUUCUCAACUCCGACAAUUUGUACAAGAGAUACAGAAAUUAGAAACAUCAAAAAUUUCUACCCCUAUACGGGUCGUUUCUCUCGCUUCAAGGAAAAACUUGUGCAUAAAUCCAAAAGUUCAAAAGCUGUCACCAACGUCAGCCGUUAACGAAAAGUGCAUCGAAUUACAAGGGUCUUCUGAAAAAUGUCCAUACCUGAAGGACGAUACCCGAAUUUGGGACUUUCGUGAUGAGGUUCUUGCUGAAGUGAUGGAUAUUGAAGAUAUGGUUGUUUUAGGCCAGAAACUGCAUGUCUGUCCGUAUUAUGGAGCAAGGGAAGCAGUCAACUCUUCUCAGAUCGUAACGUUACCAUAUCCGUUGCUUUUGCAAGAGUCUGCUCGUAAUUCACUCAACCUUCCUCUAAAAGACAAUAUCUGCAUUAUCGAUGAAGCACAUAAUAUUAUCGAUGCGAUUUGCUCUAUGCAUUCUUCCUCUAUUUCAUACAAGCAAGUAUGCACGGCGGAGUUUCAGCUUGAGCAUUACUUCAGUCGCUUCAAUAAACGACUCAAUGGUAUAAAUAGAAUGCAUGUUCGACAGUUGAUAAAAGUCGUCGGAGAACUGAAGAAAUUUCUUGAGAAAAAUAUAAAGGAAAGUUCUACAAACAAGGUUUUGCUAAUAUCGUCCUUGUUUGUAUCGCAAUCUUCAGAUCAAGUAAAUUUGCAUCAUUUAAUAGAGUAUCUGUCUGUUUCGAAGCUUGCAAGGAAGGUCGACGGGUAUUCCAAGUUCCUCUCAAACUCAAAGGAAAGUGUGUCCAAGGACGUAUCUCAUGCAUACGAUUUCAAUACCACUGAAGAAAAAGCCAAGGUCGAACAAGAAGACAAGUACACCCCUGUGUUAAUGCAGCUUGAAUCAUUCCUUUCCGCAAUAGCUAACCCAUCCCCCGAAGGUAAACUAUUCUACGAAGUUCAGGAUUCGUCAAAUGCCUUUUUAAAGUAUAUGCUUCUUGAUCCGUCCAAACACUUUCAGACUCUGACGGACCAAUGCCGAUCCGUUACACUGGCAGGUGGAACAAUGUCACCACUAGACGACUUUAUUGAAUUAUUGUUCUCGGAAUCGAAAAAUCGAAUUGAUGAAUUUUCUUGCGGGCAUAUAGUUCCGAAAGAGAACGUUUUGACACUGCUGCUCUCCAAAGGCCCUUCGCAAGUACCGUAUGAGUUUUCCUAUCAAAAUCGUACCAAAGAAAAUUUGACGAGAGAGCUCGGGAGAACUCUCGUAAAUUUUACUUCGCUAAUUCCAGACGGUGUGGUCGCCUUUUUUCCGAGCUUUUCAUAUUUGCAAUUCAUAACCAAAGUUUGGAAGGAUGACGGGACCUUGGAAAGGCUUCAGAAAAAAAAACAGGUUUUUAUAGAAUCAAAAGAUCAAAGCGAAAACACACUGAAAUUGUUUGAUCAGUAUAGUGAAUCAGUGGAAUCUGGACAUGGAGGACUCUUGUUCUGUGUCAUUGGAGGUCGCCUAUCAGAGGGAAUCAACUUUUCUGAUCGUCUAGGAAGAGCGGUGAUAGUUGUAGGGAUGCCCUUCCCUAAUGCUCACGAUAUAGAAUGGCAAACAAAGGUUGCGUACGUGGAAGAAAAGAUACAGACAAAAGGAAGGAAUCCCAAACAAGCAGCACAAACCUUUUACGAAAAUACUUGCCUAAGAGCGGUCAAUCAAAGUAUUGGAAGAGCCAUCCGACAUCGAAAUGACUAUGCAUGCAUACUAUUAUUGGACCAUCGUUACAAUCGUCCCAGCAUACGUUCCAAACUCCCAGGUUGGCUGCAAGAGCACCUAGAAGUUCCAAGUCAAUUCGGAAAUGCAAUUCGCCAAGUAUCUACGUUUUUCCGUACCAAAAAGCAAUUGAAACCACCAAUGUAAUGACAUUCUUUUACUCCAGAUACGUAACCAAAUUUUGUUAGAAAAAGCUUGCUCUCCUCUUCAUCUCAUAGUAACGGAAUGGAAUGAAUACGAAAUGAACGUUUCUAAAGAUCUACGAACAAACAAUCGCAAUACACUACAAAGCACUACGACUUCACACAACAGAUAUUAAAGUAUAUACAGACAGCGGAUGAACAAAGAUUAUAUUGUACUGAAGAGUGUUGCAGACGGUAAUUGAACAACCAUAACAACCCUUUUUAUGAGAUAUAAGGAGCUAUACGAGUACAAUGAAGAAAACCUCUUUCGAAAAGGAGCAAUACAGCGUUGCAGUUGCUUUUUACUUAGCUCAUCCUUAGGGAAGCGAGUAGCUUAUUUACUGUUCAGAGUUAGUGAAUCGCACUCUCAAAGAGGAAAUUUCACAAAAAGCAGUUCACUUACGAUCUAGCUCUCAUUUUUCUCCUUCUACGUUUCAGGCGUCUCACGCGCUUUUUCCUCCAUUUAUCACGCAUUUUGGAUAAUGGUAGAGAGUACUAUGACAGACAGCUGCUGUAUAGCAGCCUGUGACUGUUUUUUUGGGUCAGGUCGAAACAACACACGUCACAAAUGAAGUAACAUUGUUACGUUUAUUUAUUUUUUCGCGUGUUAAAAUUGAAAUGGAAAGGGUAGAAAAACCGUUUUUCAUUAGAUGAAUCGAUACUUAAUAGGAUAAGGAAGAUAAAUUACAAUCUCAACUUUUCUAUACUGAAAAGAACAAUAUCGAAUGCAUAGGAAAAUAUUGAAGGUGUGAAAUGAGAAGCAAUGCACUUGUCAUUGGCCAAGCGUAUUUAUUCAUGGAACAUCCUGUCUCCAUCAGUAAAAUUUGAUUU